UCCGUCGUGCUCGCUGCAUGCUCUCAGCAGGCGAGCCAGCCAGUGUGAGCUGCGCGGCGCCUCGGACGAGUCGUCCACACUCGGGUAGAGGAGGAAGAGGAAGAGAGCGCCGCUUUGCGCGGAGCGGAUUUGUCCGUGUUUUCGAGCACAUUUCGGAAAAGGAGGGGGGGCGCGAUGUGUCCAGAGCCGAGCCGUGUCAGUUUGCGCCCCUGACCCCGGGCAGCCAGCCCGUCUUUAUGGAGGCGAAAGAGAAAGAGCGAAGCGAAGUAGCAGCCAGCCCACUUGCCCCCCUCGCUCCCUCCCUCUGGAGCCCGAUGUCUGAGCGAUGGUAACGCAUGACCGAGGCGGGAGGGACCAUGGCUGAGCGGGCCAGCAAAUUCCUGCUGAUCGUGGUGGGCUCCGUGUUCUUCAUGCUGAUCCUCUACCAGUACGUGGCACCCGGCGUGAUCGGCUUCGGCUCCCCGCACGGCUACCUGGGCGAGGAGGACAUGACCAUGUUCCCCACCCCGGACCCGCACUACGUGAAGAAGUACUACUUCCCCGUCAGGGACCUGGAGCGAGCCGUGGACUUCGAGAUCAAGGGCGAGGACGUGAUCGUGUUCCUCCACAUCCAGAAGACCGGCGGCACCACCUUCGGCCGCCACCUGGUGCAGAACGUGCGGCUGGAGGUGCCCUGCGACUGCCGCCCGGGCCAGAAGAAGUGCACUUGCUACCGGCCCAACCGAAAGGAGACGUGGCUCUUCUCGCGCUUCUCCACGGGCUGGAGCUGCGGCUUGCACGCGGACUGGACCGAGCUCACCAACUGCGUGCCGGGAGUCCUCAACAAGAAGGAGAGCAAGAGCAAGAAGCUGAGGAAGUUCUAUUAUAUCACCCUUCUACGGGACCCUGUGUCGCGGUACCUGAGCGAGUGGCGACACGUGCAGCGGGGUGCCACGUGGAAGACAUCUCUGCACAUGUGCGAUGGCCGCACGCCCACCCCUCAGGAGCUGCCCUCCUGCUACGAGGGCUCGGACUGGUCGGGCUGCACGCUGCAGCAGUUCAUGGAUUGCCCGUACAACCUGGCCAACAACCGACAGGUGCGCAUGCUGGCCGACCUGAGCCUGGUGGGCUGUUACAACAUGUCCACGCUGCCUGAGAAGAAGCGCGCCCAGAUCCUGCUGGAGUCAGCCAAGAAGAACCUGCGUGACAUGGCCUUCUUCGGACUGACCGAGUUCCAGCGCAAGACGCAGUACCUGUUUGAGCGCACCUUCCGUCUGCGCUUCAUCCGGCCCUUCGUGCAGUACAACAGCACACGAGCAGCCGGCGUGGACCUGGACGAGGGCACCGUCCGCCGCAUUGAGGAGCUCAACGAGCUGGACAUGCGCCUCUACGACUACGCCAAGGACCUCUUCCAGCAGCGCUACAUGUACAAGCACAUGCUGGAGCGCCGCGAACAGAGGAUGCUGAUGCUCCGUGGACGGGCCGCCCCGCACGGGAUGUCCCGGGAUGAGGGAGGCGAGGGGACGGCACGCCUGCCCACCGAGGACUACAUGAAUCAGAUUGUUAGCGGAUGGUAGCGCAGUGGAGAUCUCUUCUAAGAGAAAGAGAAAAGCAGAGGGAAAGAGACAGAGGAUUAUUGUGGGCGGUGCUAGCUAACAUAGAGAGAGGUGGGGUCAUUAUAGACUCUCUCUCUCUUCCCCCAAGGAAUGCCAGCUUAUUCCUAAAUUGGAAUAGGACUAGCGGAAGAAAGUGGUCAGUGAGAAGGCUAAUGGUGUAGGGUUCCCACUUGCAAGCCUUUUUUCUCCCUAGGAAGAGAGAGAAAGGAAGAUGGUGGGCAGAGCCAUCCUGUCUUCAUCUCACCGAGAGAUCGAGGAUCAUUACGGACUCUCUCUCUCUCCUUCUUUCCCCAUGGAAUACCUGUUUGAAGCAGACUAGCCGGAGAAUUUGAUCGGUUUGAGAAGACUAGGGGUGUAGGGUGCACAAUUGCAAGCCUUUUUUCUUGGGAGGGAAAGGAAGGUGGUGGGUGGAGCCAUCUCGUCUUCACCCCACCGAGAGAUAAGGGAUCAUUUUGGACUCUCUCCCUCUGUUCCCUGAAGGAAUAUGAGCUUAUUCCUGAGGUGGAACCAGACUUGCUGGAGGAUACGGUCAAUGAGGACACUAAAGGUGUAUGGUGUAAGCCUUUUUUUCUUCAGAGAGAGAGACAGAAGGGAAGAAGGUGGGCGGAGCUAUCCGGUCUUCAUCACACCAAGAGAAAGGGGACCAUUAUGGACUCUCUCCAUCACUCCCCCCAAGGAAUAUCAGCUUGUUUUUAAGUUGGAACCAGACUAGCCGGAGAAUGUGGUCGAUGACUAGAGGUUUAGGAUUCAUACUUGCAAGUUUUUUCUUUCCUUCGGUUCGCCGUCCCAAACGAUUAAGGGCAAACUCACCUUCCCUCAGACACACAGGAAAAACCCCAAAAAGGCUGUCCCCCGCUCAGCCAUGCAAGUGUUAUUUCGCAUCGUUGCAAAGCCUAGUUUUGUAAAAGAGUGAAGAUAAUCACUGAAUCGAUUGUUUCAGGAAAGUCCUAAGAAUUUCCAAGAUGUUCAGAACUUUUUAUAUAUAUCCCAUGUAUAGAUCUUCGGUUGUGUUUUAUUUUUUUUUAUUUUUUAAACUGAUGUAAAGUGCAGAGAGCGACUGGAAUUUCCCGCAUCAGAUUACUAACAGAUGCUGUGACCUAUUAUGUUUUUAGGGAGAUAUAUAUCUUAAUAUAUAUAACGGACACAGCCUUGUUUUUUUCCCCUCCUUUGUGUUUCUGCCAUUGAGCGUGCUGAGUGGCCCCCUUGACUCUGACAUUUUCCUUGCCAUUUUAACAGAGACAUUCAUGGAGAGAUGUGCUCUGCUGAUGGAGGGAUGAUUGCCAGCGUCAUGGUCAAUUCAGAUGUGGCAGACCACCAUUUCAGAGUACAACUGGACAAUAGGACACAAAAUGAGACACAAUAUUUUUUUAAGCGCUGCUUUAGCACUGAGUGACCAUUUUUGUGUAUGUGUGGCGUACAGUACCAGCCAAAAGUUUGGACACAUGUCCUAAUAGAAGACUUCUAUCAUAGUGGAGACAUCAGAACAAUGUAAUAACACAUAUACAAUCAUUCAUUGACCAAAAAAUGUCCAAAAUAUCUCAUAUUUUAAAUUUUUCAAAGUAGCCUGCUAUGGCCUUGAUGCAGCUUUGCGCACACUUGGCUUUCAUAAGCAGCCACCUGGGAUGCCUUUCCAACAGGUUUGAAGAAGAUCCAAACACGCUGAGACCUUGCUGGCUCCUGGGAACUACUCGUUGAAAGACAUUUAUUUACAUACGCAUUAACUUCACUAUUUAUAUUCGCCUCAGAAUAUAAAUUUCGAGCAUUUAAGCAUAAGCCUUUAGGUUAAGCUCUUUAAGGUUAUGAAAAACACAUUCAGUCAGGUCUAACAUUUUGUCUGGUACUGUAAUGAACUGUAAUAUGUGUGUGUGUGUGUGUGUGUGUGUGUGUGUGUGUGUGUGUGUCAAGAAUCUUCAUUUUGCAUUAGGAGUUUUCUAAAGGCUGAAUUAUACUUCUGCAUCUGAGUAUCUGCGAACAUGAGCAGAUGUUCCCAUAGGUGUCUGCCAGCAUACAGGCUUGUAAUAUGAACAUGUGCACUAGGGGGCAGUGUCCAAACCAGAAUGUACAGAAAAUGAAGAGGAAAGUCUGGAGAUAUUAGUAACAUCGCACCUCUUUUGCAAGCCGAUCAUCAAACUGCUUUAUUUGAUUUUGUGCUAGUUCUGGUUUGGGUCGAGUGUUGUUUUGGUCUCGUCCCACCCCCCAACACUACCAGAUAGCCAAUCAGCAUUUGCUUGAUGCACAGUUCUGCAGAUUAGCAUGACACAUAGUUAAGAUGUAUGCCAUGGUCUCUGCAAACGUCUUCAAGCUAUGCUUAUUACAGAUUAGUCAAAUUUGAGGCCGCCUUCUAAAAAUAUUUGAAAAAUCAAACCCACCCCCUCAAAAAAAUGGCACAGUGUCAAUGCUGCAAAGCAUCACUCUUAUUAAGCACCAAAAGUUAUGUGAGUUCUAACAGUGCCCACUUGUGGGGGAGGAAGGAAGGGAGGGGGGAUAGAGUUGUUGAUGCAGAGAGGGAAGUGCUUCACAUAUUAAAAAGGCCCCACAUAAGUUUCCAGCUAAAGCUACAGGUUACCGCAUGCUGGACACAUCAACCGGAUGACAUGUAGCAUCCAAGUUACUGUACUAGAUGAAAUCCAGACCUGGCCCAUAAAUUGGUAGUAGUUGACAUGUGGCUUGAAAUUGGCACUGAGGAAGGCAGCCAAUCUAAGGUCUUUAAAGCUGCACUAUGUAAGAUAUUUUUUUGUUAAAGCUAAAAGAAUUAGCAAUACUGAGUCAGGAGAAAAAACACGGUAAAAUAUGCCUGAAAUAAUCAUUUAAAAGUUAGAGGAGUUUUUCACACCACGUCAUACAUCACUUCAUGUUAGUCUUACACGCACAAACUCAAAAAGAAGGUCCGGUUCGAUGUUCAGGUCUCAAACAUUAACAUUAUACACACAUUAUUAUACACACAUCCUCAAAAGACACAUCUUUCACCAAGUGACUCUUUGAAUUCUUUUUCAACAUGCUCACAGUCAUCAGAUUCAUCCGCUCGGGGAAGGGGCCCGAAGCAUAGCCUAAUCUCCAAAUCCCAAAAUCUUACAUAGUGUAGCUUUAAGACACUUUAGCUAACAUUGACUCACUAGCUGAUUCACAUCAUAACCUUUUAGCUGGAAAACAGUGAGUUUGUGAAAAGACAGUUAUCUGAUACCAAAUGUGACGAAUUUCCUAAAUGAUGCUGAUUCCACUAAAUCUAUACGAGUUGAGUUUAAAGCCUUUUUAUGUGCAUUUUUCUGUAAUAACUCUUGUGUGCUAGAGUUGCUCUGUGCAGCAUUUCUCAUCUGGUGUGCGGUAGCCUUUAGACCAGUGGUCACCAACUUGGCUCUUCCUGCAGACUUCAGGACCAACCUUAAUCAGCCCCACCUGAUUUAUCUAAUUAUUGCCUUCAGGAGCCGAUUAGCUGAAGGAGGUGUUUUACAUUUUUGUUGGAGGUGAAACCUGCAGGAGGAGGGUUGGUGACCGGUGCUUUAGACGGCUACAGGAGUCUUUCUGUUUGCUCAUUUGGACCAAACCAGGGGUCGGCAACAUGCAGCGCUGGAGUCACAUGUGGCUCUUUUACUGCCCUGUUUCAGCUCCACAGCAGAAUUAGAUUAGUAGGUAAAAAUAAAAU